AUGGACGGAGCAACUGCUACGAUCGGACAACGCCAGGCCCCCAUGGCCGAGUACCGCAAGGUGCAUAACGCGGCCAUGCUGACGACAGAAAAGCCGCAUCAGCUGGUGCUCCCCGACGAAUCGGGGCACGUAGCUAAGCUUCUCAUGCCCAAACCCAACCCCGGAGCCAUGUUGGCCGGGCCAUCCGUAAUCUUAAGGUUCUACCUGUGCUCCCUUGGGUUCGGGGUCUGGAAGUAA